UCUUGUUCAUAUUAUAUAUUUAGAGCCUUUGAUUUUCAAAGUCUUAUGUCAUCAUAUUGUGUGUAUGCAUUAGUCCUUAUUGAAAUUCUAUAAUUGUUUCCAAAUCAAUAUCCUCCGAUUCUUGGAUUCUUCUUUGACAUAUAGAUAAAUAUUUUGUAAGGUGGAUUUUUCGUUGGUAUAAAUAUUUGCCCUAAAUAAAGGGCACAUCUUAAAAGUUUUGGCGGUUAAUGUCUAUUUGAUCAUAGGAAAUAGAAGGGUGUGGGAGCUUUUGGGUUCCCAAGAAAAAUUCAAUUGUAACAACGAUUAAUUAAAUUUCACAAAAGGGUGGGUAGUGAUAUACAUAUUUUUGAUUGAAAUAAACACUAAGAUGGGGUGCAUUUGCUCAAAAUACUCAUCAAAGAAAGAAAAAGUUGAAGAAUUUGAAAAGGAAAGUGAGUGGAAUAAAUCUUCAGUGCAACUAGUUGCUCCUACACAGUUAAAUGGGGUUACCAUUGGCAUUGCCUUGGAUGGUUGUAAUUCAACACCUCGUUUUGCUAAGGCGUCGUCACAAGUGUUUAGAAGAGCAGAAGAGAAAAUCAUUCAAUUAGAUGCUGCUAACAAGAGCCAGCAUCAAAGAUGUAUGACAUUAACUUCUGGUGUAGAUGAAAGAAAGCCAGUAAUGAGUAGAAUACUCAGUGUGCAACAUUUUUCAGGAGAACAAUAUGUUGAUUCUGGAUGGCCAUUAUGGUUGUCUUCAGUUGCAGGAGAAGCUAUCAAAGGUUGGGUUCCUAGAAGGGCCGACUCUUUUGAAAAAUUAGACCAAAUUGGACAAGGGGCAUAUAGCAGUGUGCAUAAAGCCCGUGAUCUUGAAACUGGUAAAUAUGUGGCUUUGAAGAAAGUUAGGUUUUCAAGUGGAGAUGUUGAAAGUGUACGUUUCAUGGCAAGGGAAAUCUAUAUUUUGCGUCAACUUGACCAUCCUAACAUCCUCAAACUCGAAGGUCUUGUCACAUCUAGAACUUCAACUAGUUUGUACCUUGUUUUUGAAUACAUGGAUCAUGACCUUGCUGGACUAGCUGCUAGACCUGGUGUCAAGUUCACUGAACCACAGAUAAAAUGUUACAUGAAGCAACUGAUAUGUGGGCUAGAACAUUGCCAUAGUAGGGGUGUGUUGCACCGUGACAUAAAGGGUUCAAAUCUUCUAGUUGACAAUAAUGGAACUCUUAAGAUUGGAGAUUUUGGUCUUGCAACUGUAUAUGAACCUGAUAGCAAGGUGCCAUUGACAAGCCGCGUUGUGACUCUUUGGUAUAGGGCACCUGAACUUUUGCUAGGUUCUACCGACUAUGGUGCUGCCAUUGACUUGUGGAGUGCUGGUUGCAUUCUAGCUGAAUUGUUGGUGGGUAAGCCUAUCAUGCCUGGAAGAACAGAGGUGGAACAAAUGCACAAGAUUUUUAAGCUUUGUGGUUCACCAUCUGAAGACUAUUGGCAAAGAACAAAACUUCCAUAUGCAACAAGUUUUAAACCACAAAACUCUUACAGACGACAAGUUGCUGAUGCAUUUAAACACUUUCCUUCUACUGCAUUAGCACUUGUUGAUAAGCUUCUUUCAAUGGAACCACAAAAACGAGGAUCUGCAACUUCUGCUCUUGAGAGUGAGUUCUUCACUACAGAUCCUCUACCUUGUGAUCCUUUAAGUCUACCAAAGUUUCCACCUAGCAAAGAGUUCGAUGUCAAACGUCGAGAUAAAGAAGCAACAAGAAAAAAUACAGAAGCUGUUAAAGGACAUGGGCCAGUAACUGCUUCAAGGGGAGCAAGAAAUACCAAAGCAUUGGAAACACCAGAGUAUAAUGCUCAAGGAGAUAUAUCGUUGCCGGGAAAGUCGAAUACGAGAAUGUCCCCUCUUAAAUAUGAAUCACAGGAAGAUGACGAGUCUAACAACAAGUGUGAACCAAGUAGAUCUCCUAUGCAUAAUGGCUAUACACAUUCUGCAAUAUCGUUGCAUAGUAAGAGAUCAGAUUCAUCUAGGAAGAAUAUUCCAGAGUUAAGGGCACAAAGGUCUCAUUUGAAUCAAGCAGCAAUAGAUUUCUCCGAUUCUAUUAAAAAGGAACAGGGCAUGUCAGGCCGAGACACCGGAAUGGGCUACAUACCGAAGAAAAAUAGAAUCCAUUGUUCUGGACCAUUAAUGCCAGCAGGCGGCAACAUUGAUGACAUGCUUAGAGAGCAUGAACGGUUAAUGCAGGAUGUUUUUCGUAGUGUCAAAAAGGCUAAUCCUUAAGGAAUUUUUUUGAGUGUUCCUCAGAUGUGAAACUAUAUUUUGACAUGUAUUCUGCUGCCUGAUAAAGCAAAAGAAACUCAAAGUUUCAAAUGACAAGAAUUUGAUAUGUAGCAUAGAAUAUGGUUAACAAUUAUUGAUGCAAAAAGUGUAUCAUGAUCUAUCAUUGCGGUUUUUUGUUGUUGACUUGUUGCUAGAUAUUGAUGGAGAAGUUUCA